AAUACAAUGCGAUAGGUAAAGGACGGAAGCAGCCGUACUGCUUCGUUCGUAACAAAAAAUAUGAACGUGAACGUUCGGUCAUUCGACCAUACGUGUGUACGACUGUACGCCUCAUUCAUUCGCCGUCAAAUGUGUGAAGUGACGUUAUUAGAUCGAGAUAGUCUCGAUUAACGAUCCAGACGAGCUUUACGGUUACGUGCCUGUGCUGUUUAACGUACUUACCGUCUUACUUACUUACCGUCGAUGUGGUGCGUGCAAGCGUUGAAUUGCCCUCACCCGAGCCUCAGACACACGCGCGUAUAGGUUAGAUGCGAUCUAGGACGAGAAACUGACGUCGCGGAGGAUGAAGCAGCAAAUAAUUGACUCCAAGGCGAGUCUCGGCACGACCGGGGAAGCCGACGACUGCCUCUUCGAGUAUCUGCAUGCCGAGCUGGUCAAUUACGUCCUCAGCAAGUCGUCCAGUGGCACGGAGGGCGAGGAGGAGCUCUCCCGCCUGGAGUGGAUGGGAUUCAGCGUCGGGUACAGGAUCAUCGAGCGGCUGACGCGGGAGUGGAGCAGGUUCAAGGACGAGUUGGACAUGAUCAAGUUCAUCUGCACGGACUUCUGGUCCAGCCUGUACCACAAGCAGAUCGACAACCUCAGGACCAAUCAUCACGGGGUGUACGUGCUGCAGGACAACGCCUUCAGGCUGCUGGACAAGGUCGGUGCCAGCAACAGCAAGCAGUACCUGAAGGAGAGCCCGCGACUGCUGGCGUUUACCUGCGGCCUCCUCCGCGGCAGCCUGGCGAAUCUUGGCAUCAUCAGCACCGUCACGGCGGAGACCACGACGCUGCCGAGCUGCAAGUUUCACGUUCAGGUGCAGAAGAUCUAACGCCCGAGUGCCACUUUGCUGUGAUUUGGAAGGGUGGUGAGAAAGGUAUGGAGGUAUGUUCAUAGAAAAGGUCACGUACAAUAGAAUUCUGAUGACUGUGUAAGUUGCAACAAUGUAAUAUAUUAUAAAGGAGUAAGAAAACCUGUUAC